GUCAGGUCAAGUCAAUUACCCGACCUAACCCGACUUGUUUGGAGCUCUACUCUUAAUGAUGAGAAUAGUAGAGGAUUUAAUACAGAAGACUACUGUGAUAAAAGUGGUGAAGACACUCAUUAUGACAUUAGCCAAGAAACUCGUAGUAAUCUUGGUGACUAUAAUAAUAUCAGAGACUUUUACGAAGACUAUUAUUCACAGACUAGAGAUAAAGACAA